AUGAUUUUCCUAUUGACAUCUAUUAUAUUUUCAGCGGUGAGAUUUUCCUCAAAACUAAAACAUUUUAAUUAAUUUUCAGAUCUCUUGCUCACAAAUAAUUCUGAUCUAUGGAACUCUGAAUGUGUCAGAUGUUUUGAGCACAACUUCAGUUUCAGACAAGGAAUCAUGUUCAGAAUUAUGUUUGUCUGAAGUGAAUUGUGUUUCCUUGUUUUUCAUCCCGUCUUCUGGAUCUUGCUCGAUUUAUUCAAUGUAUCAAGUGUUAUCCUAUCAGAAAAAUGAUGUUUCGGAAAAUGUUGUUGGGAUUAAGGUUAGUUAUGUUUUUGGUACCUUACAAUUAGUGUUUAUAUUUUUUUUUAGACAAACUCCUCUAGUUCAACAUGUUCUUCUUCAUUUUCUGACAUUAAUUUAUCCGGAGAUGUAAAUGGAAUCGCAUAUCAAUUCUCACCGGAUUCAAGUUUUAGUUAUCAAACUUGUCCAGAAGAGUAUAAGCAAUUUACAAGAACUCGUGGAAUUUGGUGUAUGAAGUUGCAUAAUUUUUCAACGCCAACACCACGUGAUUUUUCAUAUUGCUCUCAACAAUCAGCAUAUCCCACAGGAUUCGAUAACGACGAUGAAAUUUCGUUUAUCACCUCGGAAAUUCUAUCACUUUCACUGUUACAAAGAAACAUCGGAAUUGACGGUCAUCGAAAAUCAUCCUGUUAUAACUCGACAACAACUUGGUGUGAUGAUUUUGAAUGGUCGAAUAAUUAUACAAAUUAUCCAACUUUGAUUAAUUGGGCAGCUAAUGAUCCAUCAAGAAGGGAUGGUUCAAUUUUGGAAAAUGAUUUGGGAAUUUGGAUGAAGGAUGAAAGUACUCUUGUGGAUAUUUUCGGUGACAUUGCUAACACGACGAAUAUUCAUGGAUUUGUUUGUGGAGUUCCGUUGGGGAAUUGGAAUUUUGAUUGA